GUCUUGUUUUUUUCAGCUGCAAGAUAGAGCUGUGAGUCAGGCCUUCUGGAGAAAUCUCUUUCUUACUGUAGGUUUUGUCUCUCUUUGGAACAAGAUGUCUAAUGCCUUGGAAAAACAUAUUCUCAUUCUUCUGCUUCAUCCAGUAGUUGCCAGUUUUUGUAUUUUAAACGUGUAGUGGGAAGGGUUUUGUGUCAUUCUUGAAAGGUGUAUAAAAUUUUCAUGAAGUUGAUUUGACAGACUUGCUCUUGAUGUUCUAGAAGACACAUUUUUCUCCUUUGCCAAAAAUGAUUUUGUUUCCCAUUCAGUCAGUGAAGUAUGUAUUAUCUUUCCUGUUCUCUUUUUCUGUACAAUGGUGUUUAUUACUAUGUAGUAUUUUUACUUUCUUGAUUUGUAUAGUUCAUCCAUUGUUCUCAUAAUAUUAUACCCCAUCCAAACUGUUUAUUGUCAUUUUUUUCUCACUACAAUAGGGACAAGCAGAAGUGGCAGUGCUUGUCUCUGUUGUAGAGGGGAAGAAAUGUUAUGCUUUUUCUAGAAAAUAAAUAAUUUCUUUGCUUCAUCUGUCACUGUAACACCUUUGGCUUUUCUGCCUCAUUAGUGCUUGGAUUCAGUUUGUGGUGAGCCUGAACACCUUUUUCUGAGAUCCUGCUUGGGCAAGUAACUAGAGUUGUGUUGAUACUGCCUUUUUAAGUAUCCGUGUAGCUUAAUUUCUCUUUAGCCUGUCAUGAAUUAUGUUUUCCAAUGUGCUGACUUUCUAUUUAACUUGUGGUUUUAAGCCAUCUCCUGAACGCUUCUUUAAGAUGUUAAAAGCUCUUCUCCUGUACCAUAGAAAUGUAUGUACUUCAUGCAGUAGCUUCUUGAAAUGAAGACCUCAUGCACCAACUUCUAGGGAUUUAAUACAUGGCUGGUUUUCACUUGAUUAGAAAUAUAUCUAUAAAAUACAAUUUUGAAAAGCAAUUUAGUUUCCUAGCAUAGUAUCUUUGCACUUUCAUUCUUCUGUAAUGGCUAGUUGCUAGCUUAAUUAAGAACUCUCAAAUACCAUGAAAUAAGUUUGAUUUUUGUGUUAUUUACUUCUUAGCCAAAAGAACUGGAGAUCAUCCUACUCAUUUUUAUGUAGGACAAUGCAGAUUUUAAUGGACACCAAAAAUGCUAACAAGGAAGAUAAAGCUUUGGGACAUUAAUGCCCAUAUAACCUGUCGUCUGUGCAAUGGAUACCUGAUUGAUGCUACUACUGUAACAGAAUGCUUACAUACUUUCUGUAGAAGCUGCCUAGUGAAAUAUUUGGAGGAAAACAACACCUGUCCGACCUGUAGAAUUGUUAUACAUCAGAGCCACCCAUUACAGUAUAUUGGUCAUGACAGAACAAUGCAAGAUAUUGUUUACAAACUUGUGCCAGGCCUCCAAGAAGCGGAAAUGAAAAAGCAAAGGGAGUUUUAUCACAAACUGGGCAUGGAAGUUCCAGGGGACAUCAAAGGGGAGACAUGUUCUACAAAACAGCACCUAGAUUCCCAUCGAAAUGGUGAGACUAAAACAGAUGAAAAUUCAAACAAAGAAACUUCUGAGGAAAAACAGGAAGAAGAUAAUGAUUACCACCGAAGUGAUGAACAGGUGAGUAUCUGCUUGGAAUGCAAUAGCAGCAAAUUGCGUGGAUUGAAACGAAAAUGGAUCCGCUGCUCAGCACAAGCAACAGUCUUGCAUCUAAAGAAGUUCAUUGCCAAAAAACUUAACCUUUCUUCUUUUAAUGAGCUGGACAUAUUAUGCAAUGAAGAGAUCCUUGGCAAGGACCACACGCUGAAGUUUGUAGUUGUUACUAGAUGGAGAUUUAAGAAAGCACCUCUACUGCUACAUUACAGACCCAAAAUGGACUUGCUGUAAAAGAACUUUAUUGUCCCUCUGGACAGAGUUUUUUGCAAAGACUAUCAUCUGGCACCUUCUUAGUGCAUCGCUAAUCACGACACAAAGCAGCUGAAUAAUGCUGGAAGAUUGCAGUGCUGUCGUAGGAGACUGUCCUUCUGAAUAUUUCUUUUAGGGAUAUGUUACCUAGAUUUCUGGACAGAAAAUAUUUAUACUUUUUUUGUAUGGGAAGAAAGAAGGCGCAACUCAACAUGACACUACCAGCACUAAGUUUACAGAUAAUGAAAACACUUCACAGUUCCAUGUAACUCAGCCUGAUUUAUCUCUUAGAGUUAUACAGAAGUAUGUUAGAAUAUUGUGGAGUGAUUUAAAAAUGUUGCUUUUGACACCAAGUUGAAUUCAGUUACUUUUCACAUUUUGACUCUGAAAACUAUAUUUUUGCAAAGUGUUCUUGUCUUAUAUAGUAUGCCUGAUUGCAUUGGCUUUAUUCAAGUUGUUCUCUAGAGCAUUGAACAUACCUAAUGAUAUAGUGACUGGUGAUAAUUUAUUAUGCUGCAUUGAAAACUUCUGAGUAUCUGGGAAACCAGUAAAUUUGUCAUUUUUGGCCUGUUACUGUUCUCCCUCACUUUGUGUUUUAGAAAAAUUUUGAUCCUCCCCUAUGCAUGUCAAUUUGAUAAAAUUUAUAGAAAUAAUUUCAGUUGAUUUUAACAUUCCCUGACAUUUUACUGUGGCAUAAAUUGCACCACAUAAUGACAAAUACUCUAAAAUGCUAGAUUUGUGAACUUUUUAAAAAAUAAACAUUUCUUAUGUAGUUGUGGCUUGCAGAAAUCAGUUUUUAAUUUUAAAGAGAAUUUGCUCUCACUAUUGAAGUGCCGGGGCUUGGGCAACUUUGGGUGAUGUUGCGUAGUUUUCACUUAAGUGAUAAAAAUUCCACAGCUUUAUAUUUCCUUUACCUGUUUACUUACGAAACCAUAACAUUUUUUUUAGUGCGAUUCCUGGCUAUCUUGGGGCAGGGAGUGGGUGCAGACAAUAUUGGUUUAGCACCUUCUGGCCUUAACUGGUACUUUUGCUUGCAUCAGCCCUAAUGGAUGCAAAUACAUACACACAUGCAUGUAUAUAUGUGUGCAUACAUCUAUACACACAUGUAAGUAUAUAUGUUAUGGAAUGCACCCUCAGUAGCACUUAGCAGAGUUCACUGCACUGUUUAUAAUAUAGAGUUUCUGAAAUAUUUGACUUCUUAAAAACAGUAGUUGAGAGUGAUUUCUGCAAGCUGUAAACAGUAGAGCAUAUAUAGUAUGAUUGUGAGAGUAUUUGUCUGGCACAGGUGUUAAGUUACUGAAAACAGGCUAUGCCUUAUUAAUGGCAACUGGAAAUAGUUAACCUAAUUUUUUGAAGAGUUUUCCAGUCACCUGAAGAUGCUAGUUGCUAUUCCUAUUAUUAAACCCUGUUUUUUGUUUGAUAAAUUGGCUUUGGAUAAGAGAAUAUGUUUUUCUCUAACUACCCUGCUUCCUGUAUCUGUGUUCCUUCCCCUUUUCUGUUAGAAACUGUUACAUGUUACUCAGUGACAGGAAGGUGAUCUGGCAAGACAUUUCGUGAAGCAUUUUAAAUCUUCUUCCUUUUCUUGAAUUUUCAAAGCAACACAUUCCUUGCAUGUGUUCCAUAAUUUCUUUCUAUGGAGUCUUCAGUCCUCCUUUCUCAGCCCUGCUGCUGUAGAAGGGAUGCUCCAACCUAUGUUUACCUUUGAAAACAGGGUUUCUCAUUUUUACCUAGUUAUAUAUGUCAGUGGGAAGGAAAUCAAAAAGUAUGUGAGCAGAGAAUUAAGAGGGAGCCUACUGAACCGUGGAGAUGGAAAGGAAUGCCCCACAAAGGCCAAAAAGUGCUACUGUCCCAGUAAAUAAGUAUAGGAUAGCUGCAUUUGAAUGUUUGCAUUAGGUACAUCUCCAUAUCUGGGCUGGGUGGCUGAGCUUGUGUGGGAAAGGUGUGUGUGCAUGCAUACAAGCAGUGGAAUUGAACUUGGCCCUGGUUUUGUCUUACUGUUUAUUCUGUUUGCUCACUCAAAUAUACGAGGUUGGACACAAACAACCCCUCCCCUCACCCCAUCCCAAGACUAACCCUGUGGCUCAGGAACCAGGAGUGGAAGGGGAGAGACAAGCAGAUGGUUAUAGAACACGUUCUAACCUGUCACAGUGAGACAAGGCUCAACUCGAUUGCUUCACUCAGAAUGAGUGGACACAUGUUUGCAUAGAGACUUUAUCUUGCCCUCAGCUGGAAAAUAUCUGUGUGACAGUCCACAAUGCUUUGUCUAUGAAGCAGCUUUUAGCUAGUGACAUCACUGUGCUUCAGCACCUACCCCGUUUGCAAUCACAUCAGUUCUGAAAGGAACCUGUUUUUUGUUGGUAGAAGGUGUAAAAGCAAAAAUGGAGAUCCUCAACAGUCUUUUCAGAAAAUGAUAUGUGGAAUUGCUUUGAAUGUUGGUAGCAUCAUAUGCAGCUGUCUGUCUACUCAAAAGGCAACUAUUUUGAAGGUGAUCAUAGUUGGUUGUCUUAAUUUGUUAAAUAAAAAGUUAUAGGUGGUCUCGUUUGUUUUUUUUUUGUGUCAGACCUCAUAUGUACUUAAGCUUUUUUUUCUGUCUUAAGAAAAAAGAACAAAUGAGAUCAUGGGUCUACCAUUUUUGUAAUCUUUCCAUGAGACAGUGAAUUUAGGUGGUUUAGAUGUGUACACAAAUUGACAUACUGGGCUGUUUAUGUGAUUGUUACUGUCCUAGUGUGAAUAAUUGAGAGUCUAGCCAGUGAGGUACUGAGAGUAUGAACAGGGCUGUAAGUGUCCACCCUCUGUGCACGCUGAGUAUGCAGACACUGGUUGUACCUGAUGUAGACAUAAAAUAGAAGCUGUCAGGCAGCAUUCCGAUUAACCAACUUAAUCAGGAGAUAUAUAUACAUAAAAGCAAAUAUAUAUAUAUAUAAAAAAUGUGAGAUCUGUCUACCUCAGAAUGUGUACACUGCAGGAACUUUUUAUGUGACUAGAUAUUGAUGCAGUGCUGUUAAAAUACAUAGGGAUUUUAGUACUUUGCUGUGUACUUGUGCAACAGAGAAAUCAGUUAUGAACAAGCAAAUUCAGAGGUCUGAAGUCUGUCUCUUGCUGAACGAUCUACAGUACGAAAAAUACAUUAUGAGUAUAUAACCAUCCUUAGAAUCACUUGAAUUUAUUAUGGUGCUAUCAAUAUUUUGAAGAUUAUGUUUAUACCUAUAUGGAUACAUAAAUUCGAGCCAGUAUUAAUACCUAGAGCUGGUGUUUUUUCUCAUAAUUGUGUGUAACUGCUUUUGCAAUAUAUUUAAUCUGAUAAAGCCUCAACAGUAAAAGGAAAAACAAAAAUACAAACCCACACAGUUAUUUUUCUGAAUUGCAUAUCACAACAUCUUUGCUACAGCAACUCUUUCCUCAGUAGGAAUGUGACUGUGUCCAGACCAUGUAUUUAUUUCCUUAGCCUUACUAAAAGACUACAAUGCAAUUGAAUUGAGGUCAGAGUGAGGUCGCCUUUGAAUCACAGCCUUGUUUCACUUCUGUGAGGCUUAAGAGACAGUUAUUUUACAUCAAGAUUAUAUUGGGUAAAAUAACACCGAUACUGUUCAAGGUUGGACUAAGAGUUGAACUCAGCAUGGAUAUCUUUUAGUCCUAGUGAGAUCAUGUUGGUUUAUUUAGACUUUCAUGAAGAUGCCAUUAUUGUGAAGUAGUUUUCACAAUUGCUGAUGCUGGUAAAUAAUUGCAGUAAGAAAGUAUCUUGUUGCAUUAUCCUCAGCAGUAAUGAGUCUAAGUCAGCCAGGCUCAGAAACUCAUUAAAUAUAGUUUCAUUUAAAAUAGAGAGUUCCAAUAGAAUAUAUAAUAUCAAAUUUAAAUAAGAUUGGAGCUUUUAAAUUUUAACUUUAUAAGAUUAUUUAUUCUAUUUUAAGCCUUCUGUCUUAUUUUACCAUCCAAAUAUUUUUGGUUUCAGUGGUCCAGCUGUAUUUACGGGCAUAUAAAAUGAAAUUGUAAGAUGUUUUUACAAGCUUCUUUCUUUUACAUUGAAUUUGAGUAGCUUUUAUUUGCAUGUUUUUGUUUUGUAUGGAUAAAGAGCAUUACUUAUGCUUUUGUGCAAUAGGUUUGAAACAUGCAUUUAUUAGACAUAAGUUUAAAUUGUAAAUGUAGCAUCUACUUACUGUUAAAUUUAAAAGGAAAGUAGAUGGCUUUUCUCACCUGUUCAAAUGGGAUUUUAUUUAGGGCUAUUAUUUGGGGGGCAUUGUUUUUUUUAUUUGUUCCUUUUUAUUUAAAGAGUGGAGUGUGGGAUUUAAAUUUGUGUAUGUACAAGAACUGUCAGCAAUAUUUUAAAAUAAAUGAUCUUGCAAGAAACCUUAAUGUGAAUUGUGGAAGCAAUUGGCAAGACUUAAAUCCUGUCUGAAAAUGUUUUGUGCCAUUGUUGUCUGGUAUGUUUGUACCAUCAAAUCUGGGAAUAUUUAUUAUUAUUGGUUGUGCAAUAGUAUACACAAACACUGUCACCUCUGGUGUAUGGGACCAUAAAAAUUAUCAGACUACAGUGAUGAUGGUGCUAUUUCUUUCCAAUAGACUAUGAGCCCUUAAAAGCUUAUCUGGCUUUUACUGCCUUCAAAACAAAAUAGUUAGUCCUAGGAGAUUCAUUGAGGUUUUCUUCUACUGGAUGAUAAGUAUAAGCAUAAAACUAGCCUAUUUUACAGCAUUAUGCGUCUUACUAUUGAGCUAAAUAUAUUAGGAAGAAGCCAACCAGUCUGUACGUGAGAAAUGAAUCUUAAUAAAUACUUAAAAUGCAUUUUGUACAGAAGACUGUACAGAAGAAUCAAGUUUCUGUGUUUCCUCAGGUAAUUACUUCAGCUUGGAUGCUUCACUGGAAAUGUUAUUGCAACAUACACUUCAGUUAGUCUGCACAAAGUUGAUAGCAGGGCAAAAAAUUGUCACAUACACUAGAAUCUCUACAUAAAAUAUAAUUAACUGUAAGUUCUUGAGAUCUGUUGCAGUAAAAAGUUGCAAAGGGCAACUAAAGAAUAUGGAACAAUGCUUCAAUCUCUGCUUUAAUCAAAGCUUGUGAUCAGUACAGACUUUCUAGGAACUUCCGUCUUGUAGCAAAUCAGCAGGAAUAUUUUACUGUGGACUUACUGCUUAUUUAUAUACAAAUUAAAGCUCUGGUCUUGCUAUUUGAUCCAUGUUUGGUAGCCUUUAGGACUUCUUGUAAUCUCUCAAAGCCACCUGCAUCCUAGUGGGAAAGGUAUGAAGUAAAUAUCCAAUUCUGUGAACACACAUAUUGGUAACUUCACUAACAACCUAAAUGGUUCCACAGAAACCAGCAGGAUCAUUUAUGCGUAUGGUUAGAUGUAGCUGAAGGAAGGAGCCCUGGUUUUUGAAUACUGAUAUUCCAAUAUUUUUUUAAUUUUUAUUUGAAAUGCAAAAGCAUUGGUUUAAUGCAACCUUGAAUGGAAGUUGUUUAUCUAGAUAAAAGGAGAGUUUGUUCUUUUCUUCUGCAACAAUUUUACAGUUAAGGGACAAUAAGCCAGUGCAACCACUAAGCCUUUAUCCUCUUAUGUGGCAUAAUAAAGAUUCUGGAACUGUCAAAAGUGUAAAACCAUAUUUUUGGCAUAGCUUCAUUUGAAAGUUUACAGUUUUUUAUGCUCUGUGUUGCCGUGUAAUUUUUGUACUAUUGGUGGCUAGUUUUGUCUGAAUAAGCCUUUUGGGAUAAUUGCUUACUGUUUUGAUUUUAUGGUAGCGAAGCUUGUAUCUAGUGUUUUGCCAAUUAAUAUUAUAUGCUUGUUAAUAAAAGCAGAGAAACUAACUGAAGUACUGUCAGGCUGGAAGUUAUUGUCCCACUUUUCUGAAGAACAUAAGGAACAAGUCAUCACAGCACUGAACAAACACUGCGUGACUGAAACAGUGGUGGCGUGGCAUUGCAUUGUCAUAAUCAGCCUUUUAAUCAAGGAUGGCCCAAAGUGUUGCUCUGCUGCACCAAAUAGCAAUGUCCGUGACAAGUGUGUGACAAGUAAUUGCCAGUUAGGAAAUGAAAUGGCUUCAGCUACAAAGAGGAAAAACAGGCUUGCCUGAUGUCUUUGUGUCUGUGGAUAGAAAUUGGUCAGUUAUAGUACGGCAAACAUUGGUGCUUGACCUCUCCGUAACUUCAAGAGCUUUUUUGCUUUGAGAUCCUUGAGAUUUAUUUUAAUACCUGAACAGAUCAAAGAUCUAUCAAAGAUAGAGGGGAAUUUUCAGGUAAAGCUCAUCAAAAUGCCUAGUUGAGAUAAUACAAUAAAGCUGCAAAGCAGAUGCUGCAGUAGUUGAAUUUCUUGCAGUAAGAAAUUACAUGCAGUAAUGCAAAUUUCUAGUGUGAACUGCUCUGUAUGUACUAGGAGGGUAGGAAUAGCUUUUAUUCUUGUGGUUGGCUUGUUACAAAUUGCCAACAGCUACGGGCUGAAUUGAAGUAUGUUUACUCAUACAUGCAAUUUGUAUUUCCACUGGUGGUACCAAUUUGUAACUGUCCUGAGGAAAUGAGGCGUUUGCCACUUAAAAGCUUCAUUUAAAUACCAGUAUGAGAGACUUGUUGCAGAAAUGUCCCUUUGCCAGUGUAUAGUCACUUAGAAGUGAAAAAUCAUUAGCACUAAUUAAGCUUUACAUUUUGCAUGCUCUCAUUAUUAGUGGUUCUAACACUUUCCUUAAUUUUCUACUACUGCUUCCAUUUGUCUGUUAACUAACCAGUGAUGGGCCUGGCCCAGUCUGCUUUUUUCCUUCCUGAGUCUUCAGCAUUUAUUACAGGAGUCUAGAAGAGAUGUGCUCAAACAGUGGUUUUGUUUCAUGAGAGUGGGGUUACUUAUUUUCUGACCUCUCUAAAUGCUGGAGUAAUUAAGAGAUGACAAAAGCUUUCUUCUUCUGUGCAAGCAACUGUACGUAAGUUGUUGUGUCUUUCAUUGCCACGUAUGUAAUGAGUAAACCGGGUUUGAAGGAGGAGUGACCUGUAUACCUGACUUCAGGAAUGAUUAAAGCACUGCCUUCAACAUCUGUUGUAAAUGUUACCUUUGUGUUACCUUUGUGGCAACCAUGAAAUGGUUGUGGCAAAAAUUAUUGUUUAAAUCAAUGUUUUAUAUUGUCCCAUGUAAAAUAUGCUUGUAGAAUUUCAGACUGUUCUCUGACUUUGAUUUGGACAGAAAAAAAUUAAUUCUUGGAUCUUUUAUCUUUUAUUACCAUUACUCUGUGUUAGUUUGAAGUGAGUCAUUUGAAACUAGACUGGAAAAAAUUGUGGAAAACCUAAAAAAUAGAAAUACAUGAUGGAAUCUAACUAAUACCUGAACAUGGUGCUAAUCU